AUGGGCAACCCCGCCGGAGUAGCUGCGAUCCUCGCAGUCGUCUUCCGCCCGUCGUUGGUGAUUCCGCACGUCCAAGUGCCCGACAUCCGUCAUCUCGACUGGGACGCGCUCCACGCCAACGGCGUGCGCUUCCUCGUCUUUGACAAAGACAACUGCCUCACAGCACCGCACUCCGACGUGCUUGAGUCAACCAUCGCAGAAGCGUGGCAACGCUGUCAGCGCGUGUUUGGACGAGAAAACAUCCUCAUCGUCAGUAAUUCGAGCGGUUCCUCGGACGAUCCCUCUGGCUUGGGAGCUGAGUCGCUCAGCCGCGCUCUCAAUGUCCCUGUAUUGUGUCACAGAUACAAGAAACCCGCCAUGGGAUGCGCCACUGAAGCGCUGGAAUACUUUGUCGCGCUGUCUCACGAUCGAGAGACCACACUUGCUCAGGCGCAGCACAUGCCGCCCGGUUCCGGCUCGAUCGAAGCAGGUCCCAGUCGACAGACCAAACAGUACCUACGAGAGAGGCGGAAAGCGUUAAAGUCGCAGGUGCCAGCGGACGAGAAUGGGUAUGGGAGCAUCCUGCUCGUCGGCGACCGAACUAUGACUGAUGUGGUCGUCGCACACCGAAUGAACGACGAGCUCUCGCGCAGGAGGAGAAAGCUAGGAAUUGACACUGCGGAGCCAGCAAAGACAUCCAUACCAGCUGCGCAGUGCAUCUCGGUGCUGACGACAGGCAUCUGGGCGUACGAAGGCCGGCUAAACGCCAUGAUGCGUAAACUCGAAUCGCGCGUCACAUCAUACCUCAUCACCAAGGGCUUCCAGCCGGGCCAACCGGGUCUGCUGUCCCUGUACAAGACUACGUCCAUCUCGCCGGUGGACUGGCAGACGCUUGCUGCUGCAUCCGAUGUACAAGCGGCGAAGAUGACUACGAGUCCUUUGGAAGACAACGAGGCGCGCUUCGCCUACACGGGUGAACGUGUACCAGCAGCAUCACCGGUCGAGCCAAGCCUCGGCGUGCUACUUAUCGCAGCACUCGUUCGGCCUCUACCGCCGCGCAUCGCCUCUCUCGUUGUUCGGGUGCUGAGCAGUCGACCCCUCGUAUGGGUCUCGACCAAUCUGCGGGAUGGUUGGAACGUUAUGAUCAAAGGCCUGGAAUUUGGCGUUCGCGAAGCAGGUAUUCAACCGCAGCCUCGACACGGCAGAAGAACGAUCCUCGCCGUCACAUCUGCAGAGACGUCGACACUCGCAUCUCCGUCUUCAACCGCACUCCGUCCAUCGAUUCGCUCUGGAGUUCAAUUGGACGAAGUGGCACCGAAGAGCAAAGCCGACAUCAAGAAGGACGAACUCUCAGCGUCACUCGCCGACUAUAUCGAGUCGCGCAUUCCACAACUCACCUCCUCUUUGCCUGCCGCCCAACAGCUCCGCAACCGCUUGUCGACAACACUGCCCCCCUCCUUUUCAGCACAAACCUUCCUUCACCGCUUCAGCCCACGCUCAUCCACAUCUAGCUCCACGCCUGCUCCGCCUCAACGUACGCUCACCACCUCAGCCGUGCUGCGUCAAACUCCUCCACCUGGUUCUUCUGCGGGCGCACGACCCCGACUACCCCGGCGCAACUGGAUCGCGGCGUUUACGGCGCUCGCAAUCGUUCCGGCGAGCUACUACGCCGGCAUGCGACUGCACGACUUGAAGGAUGCGAAGGCUGUGGACCCGACGCAGCCACUUCUGUCCACGCCGGCUGCGCCCACAGCUGCGUUGCAUGAGCAGCACCAACUGCGCGAUGCAGAGUUGCUGCGUGAGACGAAUCGUAAUACGUCGAGGGCGUUGGUGAAGGCUCAGGCUCAGCGCAAACGAGAACUCGAACUGACGCUCUUCCACCUGGUGCGAGAGCGCGAGGAUGUACUCGACAAGCUGGAGCGUGUUCACCAGCGUCGACUCGAAUCGUGA